CUCUGGGCAUAUAGCACAGACACAUAGUCAGAGUAGUCAUUUGGUUUUUUCAGGCGACUGAGGUGAGUGUUGGGGACAAAUGGGUGGGUACAUUUUGGGUUAGACUGUAUUAUCUGGGCACAAACUUUCCCAAACAUCAGCAUGUGUACCCACUAUUUAUCUCGAUUACAUUUAAUUCAAUAAAAAAAUUGUAUAUCAUUUUAACCACCAGUCAUAAUAAUCAGAUACAGUGUUGAUGGCACAAUGUACACAUAGUAUUCAAUUGGCUUCCCAGUCUACUGAGCUCAGGUACAUGGGCAGAAAGAUGCGGUACGGGGUUCACAAUAAAUUGAUUUAUAUGGGGGUGAAGGUAUCCGCUCUGGCCCAAGCCAAUACCUGUAUUACUGCAGCAAACGCGGUUAUUCCAAGGUGCUACGUUCACCCCAUUUGCUGCAAUAAUACCGGUAUUGGCUUUCUAAUUUGUCUUUGAAUGGGGCAAUUCUGCUUGACAGAACCCCACACAAAUAUCUAAACCUUUACCGACUAGGGAUCAACAAAAACUCCAAUACAAAUCAGCAAAAACAACAAUAACACGUCAGAACCCCCACUGAAGUUUAUUAAGACCUAUAUAUGUAUUACAAAAUAUAUAUUGGGAGGGCUGGAAGCUACAGUUCAUUAGAUUAAGACAUGGAGCCGUAUCAUUUCCUUCACAUGUUUAAAUACAAACAUUCAGUAAUAUUUUAUGGAAGCCUAAUAGCUUCAAAAAUGAUUUCUCACAUCUUUUCUUUCCCUCCAGAAAAUCAAGUGAAUACAACAAUGGGAUCUAAAUCCAAAAUUUUUAAAUUUUUAUUCAGCUGGUUGCCAUGUGUGAAACAGAGGUUAUCAGAGAAAUCUGGUUCACCUGAAAUCAAGAUUCUUCUGGAGGCCCCUGUUGAACAACAGCAACCAGAAACUUGCCAGGAAAAGGAGAUAGUAGUUCCUUGCCCUACCCUUCAAGAAGAUAUAAAGAGGAUAGAAGAGGUAGAGAAAUUAAAUUUAGAUGCUGAUGCUGAGGAAAGAAAAUUAAAUACCGGUAGAGAAGAAAUAUUGAUGGGCCUCAAGGUGCAACUGCAGAGAUUUGGCCUUCAAACAGAGCAUCAAGUUUAUUUUAAAGCCAAGGUUGACAGAGCAAUUAAGGCAAACAAAAUCUUCUGGCUGUAUUUUGAAUUACCUGCCCUCUGUGAAAGCCUAGAGAGUAGAGGAUGGGUACGGAAAUGUUCCAAUACAUUUGAUGCCGAUGCUGAGGAAACCGGAUUCUACAACCCAAACAGCUUUUGUCAAAAUGUGGUGAGCGUUCCCUUUAAAGUGAAGCCCACUCUCAUCUGGACACUGGAACCAAUGGACUUCAAGCUUCUGGAACAGGAUCAGAUUGCAAACUUCUUUGUAAACGAGGAGUUCACCAGUAAGGUGGGACUGUACAACACAUUAAGUGAACUAAAAUGGUUUGCUGAUGUGGAUGCGGACACAUUCUUCCCGCGCUGCUACAAUAUGAUAGAGGAAGAAGACAAGCUGGGAUUCAUUGAGGACUUCAGGAUGACCGCAGCCCGUGGUAUCCUACAAUGGGUUAUAAGAAUGAAUGAGAAGCCCAUUAAAGAAGAAGAUAUUUGUUCCAGUCAGGAAGAGAAGGGUGCGAGCAGUGCUGUCUCCCUGUCAGACAUGACAAGGAGAAACUGCACUAAUGCUGAAUCUGUUCCAGAGGAAAUUAUUGCCUCUGCCCUUUAUGCCUGUGCUAUGUACCUGAACAGCAAAGAGCAUAAGGACAUAGAAGUGGAAUUCAAUGAGAUUGAUUGGACAGAAUUUCUGCAUUGCUACUAUCAGAUCAUGCAUGACGGUGCCAGCAUUGAGCACUCCGAGCAGUAUGUUGGCCUAUGCCGUCGUGUUCUACAGAAGAUGGAGGCAGUGCACCCACAGUUGGGUAUAGAUGGAGAAAAUAAUGUCUGGAUCUUAAAACCAGCAGCUCUAUCCAGAGGAAGAGGAAUAACUUGCUCAAAUCGACUGGAGGACAUACUCCAGUUAGUGGGAAACCACUGGAUAGUACAGAAAUACAUUGAGAGGCCUCUGCUUAUUUAUGGCACCAAGAUUGAUAUGCGCCAGUUCUUCCUAGUUACAGACUGGAACCCAUUAACAAUCUGGUUCUAUAAGCAGAGCUACCUCCGUUUCUCAUCACAACCUUUUACCUUGGAGAAACUAGACAGCUCUAUACACCUGUGUAACAGGUCUAUACAGAAACACCUCGAGAACUGCCCAACCCGUCACCCUGACCUACCAGAUAUCAACGUAUGGUCCAGUGUACAACUGCAAGAGUACCUAUGUAUGAUAGGGGCAGAACAUGCCUGGGAAGAGGUGAUGGUGCCAGAGAUGAAGGCAAUCAUCAUUCAUACCAUGCAGGCUUCCCAGACUACAGUGAUGAAAAGGAAAAACAGCUUCGACUUUUAUGGAGUUGAUUUUAUGUUUGGAGAAGACUUUCAUCCGUGGCUGAUUGAGAUCAAUCUCAAGCCGGAUAUAACGUCUCCCACAGUAGUGACUGAAGGCAUCUUUAACAGCCUGGUUGAAGACACAUUAAGAGUUGUUCUGGACCGUAAGGAUGACCCUAACUGCGAUGUGGGAGACUACGAGCUUAUAUAUCAACAGCCGGAAAUUGAAGAACCUAAAGAUUCAGAAGAAAAUCUAAUAGUGAGAGGAGUUUCAAUUACAAAGCCUAAGUGAUAGACAAGCCAAGCAGGGUCACCCUUGGAGUCUAUCAACGAAGAAAGUAAAGAGAGAUCCAGCUACAUGACGUAAUAUGUUCAUUAGGCCCCCUAUAUUGAAAACUAGGAGGCCCUGAGCAGUGACUGAUGAAGAUGUAGCUGAAAGAACAAGAGGGAGGGUGGGAGGAGGGCCCCCUACAUAGAAGACUAGGAGGCCCUAAGCAGUCACUGAUGAAGA